AUGUCUUCUAAUAAUGAUAUCUUCAACCAACUCAUGAACAAAAAUAAUCAAAAAUUAUUGUUAAUUAGUGAUAGGCAGAGUAAAAAUGACCCUGCAACAGAUAAUAUUCGUCAAUAUUUAAGCGAAAUUGGAAAUAAAAUUCAAGAAAACAAUUUUCUUUCAAUAUUUUCACUUUUAGAACAGCAUCAUGAUUUCAGCGAACAAGAUAUACUAUUAGUUGGUUACUAUGUCAAUGAAAAUGAAAUAAUUAAUAAAAUUUUUGGCUUAUUACUGAACAAUGACAGUACAAUAGAACUUCAAACAUCAAUACUCGAGUUUUUUGCUGAUACAUGCUUUUAUCACAAAUCAACGGCUCAUACUUUAAUUAAUUUAGGAAUUUACGAUUUUUGGAAACAAUUUUAUCCUGCGUGUCCACAAAAUUUACAUCUCCAUUACAUGUUACUUCGAGGCAUUUGCGCUAAUUCAUUCAGAUCCACAGAAAAUGUUUUUGAAGAAGAAAUUUUAAACAAAAUCAUUCCUCCUGAUGAAAGUUUAUUGAUAGAAUGGAUUCAACUCUUGCAUGCAGUUACAGAGCAUAAUAUUUCAUAUUGGGAUGCUGUUAAAGUUAUAAAUUUAGUUUUUGGUUUUCUCGAAAGUGAUAAUGAAGCAAUAGCUGUUGAAGCAAGCAAAGUGUUAUUAUCAGUGUAUGUAAGAUGCCAGACAACACUAAUAGAAAUUUACAAUCUAGAAAAGAGAAAUUAUAUUAAUAAUUUGAUAAUUACAACAAAUAGCCGUGAUUUAUUUGAUAAUUUAUUUUGGUUAGUCUCUCUCAUAUUCCAAAAUAGCUACGGUAUAUAUUAUAUAAUCAAUGAAAAGACAAAUUUCUUUGAUUCAUUAAAACAACAGAUUAUUAAGCUUCAGCCAAAGAUAUUUUUCAGAAGUUUCUCAAAUAUUAUGGUAUGGGCAAGCCAAAUGGGUUCAAAUUUCAUAAAUUAUACAUUUUUUGAUUAUACAUUACAAAAUCUUGAUGAAUUACCAUAUCAAGAACAGAGAGAAUUCAUUGUGUCUUCUAUGAUGUGUUCAUUAGCUGAAAUUCCUGGAACUUUAGAAUUUAUUGCAAAACAGGAGAAAUUAGGCAAUGCAUUCGUUGAAUUUCUUGAAAAUGAAGGUGAUGAAUAUAUUAAAGAAAAUUAUUUAGGAUUUUUCCAACAAAUCAAAGAAAAGUUGAUCGCAAAAAAUUUUGACACUCAUGGUACAAUCUUUGAGAACCCCACAGUAAGUGAAUUUCUAGAAUCCAUCUAA